AUGAAGCUACAGAGGUUCACGAUGCGUGGCCGCCUGCUUUUCCACCGGGUGUUUUUGCCACUGCGGCGGAGGCCUCGAGGUGGCAUCCUCCCUCAAGAAACAUCCCUGGCCAACUUUGACGACCGCAGCGCGCAGUGGCUCGCGCUGAAGUCAGCUCUACAGCCCGCCAACCCGUCUCUGCCCGAGGUGAUGGCGGCCAUCUCUUCGUUUGAGCAGAACCAGGCUUUGGCGUUGGUGGAGAAUCGCACCUACACUGGAGACGAGGUGAAGGUCCGUAGGCUGCGGGCAUACAAGGACGAGUCUGCAGCCUGGCCCCCCACGAAGCCGGAGGACCACGUGGCAGAGCAGAGGCGUCAGGCCCGACUCCUACGCGACCGCUUCAACCCUGACUUCUUCUACUUGCGCCCUGCCCCUCCCUUCCCGGUGGACCAGAGGCUCUCCAGAAGCGGACCUGAGCCAGUUUGUAGGAACGCGCGACCGGCUUGGUGGUUCGACCAGUCCCGCCUUGACGAUUUCUGGCUGCUGAGAACCCUGCGGAUGAGCUCUGGAGGCUUCCCAGAAGCCCACAACAGAAAGGCGACCGAGCUUGAAGCGCUCUGCGGUGCCGCGGUGAACUCUGACCAGGAAACGAAUGGAAUGCCCCUUGGUGUCCUUGGAGCGAUGAUGGGGCUGAAGCACAAGCAGAUGAAGUGCACGCUUGUGUCGUGCCACUUGCUUGUCCGAGGUGGUGAUUGGCGGGCGCCGGGGAUGCUGUGUAGAACACCACGGCGCUUCGCGCUGAAGUUCUGGGAAGGGGCAGCUGUGGCGAGGAGUGGUGGCGAAGCUGCGCCCCAGCGAAAGCUGGGCGUGUCUCCCUUUGAUCCCCGCCUGGCGCCCGUGGAGGUGGGCCCGGAGCUGCUUCGACUGCACGCGGAGUCAUCCAUUGCGGACCACCUCCUCCGUGCCGAUAGCGAAACGUGGGCUUCGCGAGAGCAGGAGGGCCGGCAGGAGGAGCUCGCGCACCUCCAGCAGCAGGCGAGGCACCUCGAGGAGGCUUCCGUGAGCACCGCGAUGCGACUCAGCGCCCAAAGCAGGCGGCUGCAGACGCUGCGCGGCGAAACGCGCCGCGCGGAGGAGGGCAUGGAAUCCUGGGAGUGUGAGGCCGAAGCCAUGGGCGCGCGAAAGCCCUCGGAGGAAGGCCCCAGCUUGGAUGAGCUCAGGGUGACGCAAGCCAUGCUGGAGGUGGAGGAAGCCGACCUGCUCUCACUCUGCCGGGGCUUCCAAAGUGCCGCUCCGGAGCUGAAGUCGCAGGCCGCCGCGCUGUCCGCGCGGGCACGGGACCUCGAGGUCCGCAGCGAGACCAACGUGGAAGAGGCGCAGCACCUCGUCGAGAUGCAGAUGGCCCAGCGAGGCAGCAUCCAGCGGCUGCAAGAGGAAGUCCGCGAAGUGUCCACGCUAUACUAUGCGAACAACAUGCGCUUCGACUUGGCGGAGGCAGUUCUCGUCCAACGACACAAGAAAGCUAAGGCAAAUGCCAGGGCAAUCAAAGCGGAGAUGCGGACGGUAUGGCAGCGCUGGCUUAGGCGAUUCAACAAGGCGAAGCGGAAGACUGCUGCAGCAAGGGCUAAGGUAACUGAUGCCGGUUUCCAGGCCCCCAGCGAGUCCGAGCUGUCUUCGCUGAGCGACUUUGGCCACGACCUCGCCCGCGCCCCGCGAGCCCUUAGCGCCACCUGCGAAGGCAAAGGCUAA